AUGAGGAGAAAGUUCAAUGCCGCCAUCAAUGAGGCGGUCAGCGAAGAGGUUGAUAAAUUACUCGCUAAUGGUUCCAUCCGAGAGUCAAAAUAUCCCCAAUGGGUCGCCAACGUGGUCAUGGUCAAAAAGAAGAACAGGAAAUGGCGGAUAUGUGUCGACUUCACCGACUUAAACAAAACAUGCCUAAAAGAUUCAUUUUCAUUACCACACAUCGACCAGCUCAUCGACGUAACGGCGGGACACGGACUACUGAGCUUCUUAGACGCCUACUCUGGUUACAACCAAAUUCUAGUGGCUGGAGAAGACCAAGAAAAGAGCACUUUCAUCACUCACCAAGGAACGUACUACUACAAUGUAAUGUCGUUCGGUCUCAAGAAUGCAGGGGCGACGUAUCAAAGGCUAGUCACCAAGAUGUUCAAAGAACAACUUUGUAGGACUAUGGAGGUCUACAUCGAUGACAUGCUAGUAAAGUCGAAAAAGAAGGAGGAUCACAUUGACCAUCUGAAGGAAGCUUUCGAGAUAUUCAAACAAUACGGGAUGAAGCUAAAUCCCGAAAAAUGA